UUUGCUGUUUUUGUUUGUAUGCGUGCGCGUGUGUGUGUGAGUGUUGGCGUCGAUGUCUCUUUAAAAUUUUUGGUGCUGGUGCAAUUUUGUUGAAUGAAAAUUGAAUUGGCGAACGAUAAACGUUUGCCCGUUGGCCAAAAUACCCGCCACACGCUGCCAGAUUUAACGCGCGAGGAUUCUGCGUGCUCCGGUUUUUUUUUUUUUUAGUGGGAAAACCUCUUCAAUAGCGGGCCAUUGAGUAGAGUGGUAGCAGCGGCAGCCGGAUUUUCCGUUUAACCGGAUUUGCCAAUUAACAUGGAGCUGUUCGACAUGGUCAAGGCGGCUCCGCCACCGCAACGGAUCAGUCUGGCGGAGCCCAAGUCAUCGACUCCGUCCCCCAUACCGCCGGACUCACCGCCGGAGGCGAUAGAACCUGAGGAUGAUCUGAAGAUUGGCGAUCUUGAAGCCAAGAAGGAAGAGGAUCUGAUGGAAGGGGAAGGUGAAGAGAACAAAAAGGACGACGAGUCGCCCUUGAAACUUCCCGAAACAGUUCCAAAAUCAAAGCCCAGUGAAGACGAUGGCCAGGAGGACAUCCAAGUAGAUAAGGAUUGGGAUGACAAGUCACUAAACCAAAAGGAAUCUCCGAAAAAACAGAGCCCAGCCAUUGAUGAAGUCGAGUCCGCUCCUUCCCCAACAAAAAAGCUAAAGGAAGAUGACGACAAGCUGCCCCUGAACCAGGAUAAGGAUAACCAAGACGAGGACGAUGAGGAUCAAUCCAUCAAUCUGAUUCCAACUAAAACCAAGGCGCAGCAAAAGAUGUUCAGUGACAACGAGUCGUCUGCCUCCCUGAGCUUCGACAAGGAGUGCCAUGUCCGGGUGCGUCGCCUGACCACCAAGGAGAUAAACAGUGCCGCCCGUUCAGUGUCCACCGCCACGGUGAUUAGCAAGAAACGUGGACGACCGCGUCGCAGUAAUCAGGGGGAAGCCACCACUCAAAAGAAGACCCGAACUCCGUCGCCGGUCAAGAAACAAAAGUCUCAGAAUCAGGCCAAGAUACACAUUAAAGUUCCUUUGCUGCAGAAUGGAUCUAAGAAGCGACCUUAUCAGGCUCUAGCCCGCACCCACACCCCGCCCCCCAGCUCAUUGCCGAAGAAACCCAAGCUCCAGACCAAAGGGAAGCCAAAGGCAACUAUCAACACCAGCCAGGAUCUGAUCAACACAUUCGGCGCCCGAUUCUUUGGGUGUGUGGUGAAGGUGAAGCGCACUCAGUUACCAGCAGUGUCGCCGACCAGGACUUAUGGCGGCAGUGGUUCUUCAUUCUUGGGCGGUGGUUCCAAGAAGGGACGACCCCGGAAGUCGAAUCUGUCCGUUUCCUUCAGCGAAGCCGUCGAGAUUCUGGGCAGUAACGAAAGCAAUUCACGGCGCGCCACACUCAGCUCCAGUCACCUUUCGUCACCGAAAACGCCGGAACCGACACGUCUGCAGCGCGUCGAUGACCGGGGUAAUGUCCUGGAGGACAUAGCGCUGAGUUCCUCGUCGCUAUUCGUGGCACCGAACUCGGCGCCGCCACUAGGAAACCGCAAUCGACGAUCCUGCAAUGGCUCGCGCCUGAAGAGGCCGAUGCAGCGCCUACCUUUGGCCGAUUUGGCCAGCCUGCGAUUGGAUGAUGAUUCCAAAACCGGCGAGGAUGAAGAUGCAGAGUAUAUAGUUCCCAACGAGUUGCCUGGCGUGCAGCGAUCUGGCACACCUCCUGCCAAAAAAAAGAAGAUAUCCUUCACCACGACAGUCAGCGACGACGACGAGGACGAGAAGCCAGUCAUUAAAAAGUUAAAGGACACCUCCAAGAAGGACAAUGCCACCAAAAAGCUCAAAGAAAAGAAAUUAGAGAAAAAGAAAGAUCAGGAUAAGGAGAUAAAGAAGGAUCAGGAUAAGGAGAAGAGUCCAAAUAAGUCAAAGGAUUCCCCCAAAAAAGACGAAAAGGAGAUACAAAACGAAGGAGUUCAGACAGUAGUAGAUUCGGAAGAUAAACCGAAAGAGAAUCCAAAUACAGAGGAAGUAUCCCCCAAGGAAGAUGAAAAAACAGAACCAAUCCAUGAAGAUAACAAUGCCAAGGAAAGCUCCAGUGAGACACCCAACGCAUCACAGCUCAACGAGAGCCCUGUGCCCGUCCCGGAGGUAAGCCAGGAUGUGGCCGGCCUCGUCCAGCCCAAAGAGGUUGAAUUAGAGGAGCAAGCUGAGGAAACCAAACAUGACAAAGAUGCCGAAACUGAUGUAGAGGAUAAGGAUGGAAAGCAAUUGAAUUCGUUGGCCACAAGCGACGAUGCCGAUGAUGUCGACGAUGUCCUGGAACUGCAGACCAAUGUGGACGACGUCCGGCAACUGCAGACGCCCACCUCCCGCCCCAAUACACCGCCGACCAAGGAGCUGACCGUUGAGGAGACGACGAAGGAGCUGCUCCAGCGCAUCGCAUCACCCGAUUCCGAUUGCAGUUUCAAAUCGGCAAGUAAUGAGAAAAUACCCAGUGGCGAUGCCAGUAAUGUGGUAGAAGCCUUAGAGGCCACACUGGGGGAGGCACCCAGUGGUGUGGGUGCUAUAAUCCCAACCGAUUUGAUUCCGCCCACAGAUGAGUCCAGUGUAUUAAACGGCAGUGAGUCCACCGAUACCAACAGUGCCGCCGCCAUUUCGUCGCAAUUCUACUCCUCCAUCGAGCCGAUGCCCACUCUGGAUGACGAGGUGCUCGACGAUUUAGUCGAACCCGACUUCCAACUAAACUCUAGCCGUCAUGCCAUCUCCAGGGGCGCCUUGGACGACAUUAUGACGGCGUUAGAAUCCUAGGAUUACAUGAAUCAGCCACAGCUAUAGAUACACCCACUCACUCAUCCACACACAUAGUCUCAGAUACACAAAUACUGGGGCAACACACAACGCAAGGUGACGAAUAUCUCGGUAGAUUCCUUUCUAAAAUUUAAGAAAAAAGUCAUUUAUUUUUUAUUUGAAAAACAUAAUCAUUAAGACUCAGCCCCCGAAAUAUAUCAUUUCUCAUGAAACUAUACUUGAUAUAUAUAUAUAUAUUCAUAUAUAUAUUUGAAACAAUUUUUUUUUUUUUCGAAAAUAAGUUAAGAUUUUUUUUUGGAGCCACUUCUAGUCGGCUUACUGGACAGGAAUACAUGGAAACAAGAAAAGAACUCAUGGGCACACGCUACCUAGUUUACAAUUCUUCGUAAAAUUGAUGCGUUAGUUAAGUCAAAAGUCAGAAUAAAAACUAAAAUAUAUAUAAAUGUAUAUCUUUAUAUAUAUAUAUAUAAAUAAUAUAAAAGAAAAAGAGUGUGUUAGAAGAGAAGUUACAUAUAUGUCUAUUGUUUAAGUUGCUUAAGAAGAAAGUUGGUUAUAUUACUUACAUAUUCUAAGAAAUUCAAAAUGUUCAUUUGUUUAAAUUUAAGCGUUUAAAAUCCGUUUUUUUUCAAUAUAUACUUUGAUUUUCAAAAGAAGAGAGAUUUGAAAUCAAAAACUCAAGUAAAAACACCUUAAAUUAGAUGUAAAUUUGAUGUAUUAAUGAAAAACAAAAUAAUCUGUAUGUAUGUAUAAAGAGAG